AGAAUUAAAGAAUUACAUCACCACACCAUCAUGGAUUCAGGCUAACUAAGCUUUUCUACUCUCUCCGUGGAAGAAUCUGUUUCCGGCGAACUCUACAGAUUUUCGGCGAAGACAAAUCGUUACAGCUACAUGUAUGUUCUCAUCUUAGCUGCAGGGAACACAAGAUCUAGUUUCUUCUAGUUAGAGACGAGAGAUUGAAUGGCUAACAUUGCCUGCUUUAUUAUUGUGGGUCGGAAUGAUAUUCCCAUCUAUGAAGCUGAAGUUGGAUCUGCUGCCAAAAGAGAAGAUGCUGCUCAGUUGCACCAAUUUAUAUUACAUGCCGCAUUAGAUGUUGUCCAAGACCUAGCAUGGACUACAAGUGCCAUGUUCUUGAAGUCAGUAGACAGGUUUAACGAUCUGGUUGUGUCAGUGUAUGUUACCGCAGGCCAUAUCCUUUUUUUGUGGAACUACUUUAGGCCCUUUGAAAUUCAAGUGCAAUAAGUUUGCUUCUUCUGAUUCAUUCAUCUAAAAUAGUGUCAGCGUGGUAGAUUCAUCUCCAGUUGUAAAUAUUUGUUUCUUCCUUAAUUUAUCAACACAUACCCGACUCAUGCUCCUUCAUGAUUCUCGCAAUGAGGACGGCAUCAAGAGCUUCUUCAAGAGGUGCAUGAGCUUUAUAUAAAGAUUCUUCUGAACCCCUUGUAUCUUCCUGGUUCUCGGAUUACGUCGUCACAUUUUGACACCAAAGUACGUGCACUUGCAAGAAAGUAUCUGUAGAGAAGAAGGAGAUUCUGUUUGCAUUUGGUGGGUGAGGUCCAAUGCCCAAUUUACUCUUGUAUCCAUAUGGCAUAGUUCUCAGGUCAAUUUGUUUCUCUUUUCUUUCGAGUGCCUCCUGGAUUUCUGUUAUUUCUAACUUGCAAGCAACAUUUCAAUAAUAUUUGGAUUCCUUG